UGAAGGAGAAGAGGUCUCUUUAGGGCUCCUUGGUUGCUCGAGAUCCUCUUCUUUUGUUGCCUUUUGGAUCGCUUAGGAAAUCUUUCAGGCGUACACCAUGGCUCCAAAGAUAAAUCAUGGUGAGGGACGGACUAGGAACUCAUUAUCCUUAAUUGUUGUGAUCGGUCUCUGUUGCUUCUUCUAUGUUUUGGGUGCGUGGCAACGGAGUGGUUUCGGGAAGGGGGACAGUAUCGCUCUACAAAUUACUAAGCAGACAGCAUGCACGGACAUUCAAAAUCUAAAUUUCGAGACCCAUCACAGUGGGUUAGGCAGCCUGAGCGAUCUUGGUGAUUCGGAAGCAAAAACAUUUGAGCCUUGUGAUGAUCGUUACACCGAUUACACUCCUUGCCAUGAUCAAAAUCGAGCGAUGACCUACCCUCGAAACAACAUGAUAUACAGAGAGAGGCAUUGCCCAUCUGAUGAGGAGAAACUGUAUUGUCUUAUACCUGCCCCCAAGGGUUAUGUGGCACCUUUCCCAUGGCCUAAGAGCCGUGAUUAUGUUCCCUAUGCUAAUGUCCCUUACAAGAGCUUGACUGUUGAGAAGGCUGUUCAGAACUGGGUUCAUUAUGAGGGUAAUGUGUUCAGGUUUCCUGGCGGUGGGACUCAAUUCCCUCAAGGUGCAGAUAAAUACAUUGACCAACUUGCCUCUGUCAUUCCAAUUGAUAAUGGGACUGUCAGAACUGCACUAGACACUGGUUGUGGGGUCGCCAGUUGGGGUGCUUAUUUAUUUAAAAGGAAUGUAUUAGCCAUGUCGUUUGCACCAAGGGACUCACAUGAGGCACAGGUACAGUUUGCCCUGGAACGAGGUGUUCCUGCAGUUAUCGGCGUUCUUGGAUCCAUUGAACUUCCAUACCCAUCUAGAGCAUUUGACAUGGCUCACUGUUCAAGGUGCUUGAUUCCAUGGGGUGCAAAUGAUGGAGUUUACAUGAUGGAGGUGGAUAGGGUUCUCAGACCUGGUGGUUAUUGGGUGCUCUCAGGUCCCCCAAUCAACUGGAAAGUUAACUAUCAGGUCUGGAAGCGCACAAAGGACGAUUUUGAGGAAGAACAGCGGAAGAUCGAGGAAAUCGCCGAACUUCUUUGUUGGGAGAAGAUCUAUGAGACGGCUGAAUUUGCCAUUUGGAGGAAGAGAAUAAAUGCUGAAUCCUGCACUCAGAGGCAAGAUGAAAUUGGAGUAAAUAUAUGUGAAACAACAAACCCAGAUGAUGUCUGGUACAAGAAGAUGCAACCUUGCAUAAAUCGGUAUCCUGAGGUUGGUAAUCCUGAAGAGUUUGCUGGCGGUGAAUUGAAGCCAUUCCCUCAGAGGCUAAAUGCUGUUCCACCUAGAAUAUCCAGUGGUUCUGUGCCAGGAUUCUCAGUCAAAUCUUAUCAUGAAGACAACAGACUGUGGCAAAAGCAUGUCAAAACUUACAAGAAAAUAAAUGAUUUACUUGACACUGGAAGGUACCGCAACAUAAUGGAUAUGAAUGCACGUUUGGGUAGCUUUGCUGCAGCAAUUGAGUCUCCAAAAUUGUGGGUGAUGAAUGUUGUUCCUACAAUUGCUGAGAUAUCCACUUUGGGUGUCAUAUAUGAGCGUGGGCUAAUCGGCAUAAAUCAUGACUGGUGUGAAGCGUUUUCAACAUACCCAAGGACGUAUGAUCUCAUACAUGCCAAUGGUGUUUUCAGCUUGUACCAGAACAAAUGCAAAAUGGAAGAUAUUCUUCUGGAGAUGGACCGAAUUUUGCGGCCAGAGGGUGCAGUCAUAUUACGUGAUGACGUUGACGUUCUGAUGAAGGUAAAGAAGAUGGUUACCGGUAUGAGAUGGAACACUAAGUUGCUUGAUCAUGAGGACGGUCCCCUCGUUCCCGAGAAGAUAUUGGUUGCUGUAAAGCAGUACUGGAUUGGUGGAAGCAAAAGUGACGAACAAUGAGGUUGGCAAAGCAUCUGUGCAUACCUUUGAUCCUGGAACGAGCCUCAACUUGCCGCAAUGCUGCCAUCAAGUGGGUUCACCAGCAUUGACUUCUGACUUCAACCUCAGGUGGCAAAUACUUUGGCUAGAGUUUUGUGACCAUGUCAUUUUGCUCUAAGCCUUUAGCUUUUCAACUACUGAAAUUUUCCUUCAUCACUCUUGUGUUCUUUCAUUUAUUUAUUUUUUUCCAGAGAAAAACGUAGAUGCUUCCUUCUAAUUUUCUAGGUCUUGGUUCGUGUAAGAUUGAGGUUACAAAACUACUGGUGUUUGUGUAUCCUCUUGAUUGUGUCUCUGGGUAGGAUGAAUUUUGUUUUUUCA